UUACCCACUGUGCCUUAUAAUUUAAGGAAACUUCAUUAGCAGUGUACUGCAGUGAAAAACCGAGGGUGUAAUGGCUGAAAGCAAGGAAAAUCGUGAAGCAGUCCUCACAUGUCCGAUUUGUGUGGAGACAUUCCGCAAACCAGUAACGUUACCUUGUCAGCACAGUUUUUGUAGAGAGUGUAUUGGUGUGUAUGCUGACAAGUCUAAACCUGGACAGACAGAUGAGGUCUCCUGUGGCACGGGGAGUGAGGGCAUUCACCAGCUGAUCUCAUGCCCUGUAUGUCGGACACCAACCAGUCUGGGGAGAGAAGGUGUGGCUGGUCUGCCUCUCAACUUUCAUCUGGCAGAAAUAGUGGAGAGGUUCUCUUCUGCUGUGAAGUUUGAGGAUGACACCCCAUAUUGUUCUCUGUGUGGGGAGCAUAAUCAUGCUAAAGCUGUCAAGUUUUGUACCAACUGUUCUUUACUGUAUUGUAAAGACUGUCUGGCUUCUUUUCAUCCCAUGAUGGGGGCUAUGAAGCGUCACCGGCUGAUUUCGUCCCUGGAGUACCUCUCACAGGAAACCUCACAGCGACAGACCACUGGCAGGGAUGAACAAACAACUCAGCAAGCGUCAUGUGCGAGACAUGGUCAGCCAUUGUGCUUGUACUGUGUACCGUGCAGGAUGGUGAUCUGUAUGGGGUGUGUGGAUGACCAUCAGAAACACGCUAUGCAAGGUGUAUCAUCCGCAGCUGAGAAUUACAAGCCAGCUGUUUUGAACAAGACUUGUGAACUGGAGAAAGUGCUACAAGAAACUAAAGAAUCACUGUCGGGAGUUACGAGGCUGCACAAUAAGAUACAGGAAGCCCAGGAACUUCACACUCAAGAGGUAGAAAGGGCUUAUUGUGCAGCCUUGGAAGCCUUACAAGCCUGGAAACAGCGGUCCUUAGAUGGCAUAAAAACCCGCUAUUCACAGUGGAGUGUGGAGUGUAGCGCUGUACUCAAACAUUUCCAGCUACAGGCUCAGGAAAUGGAGAGGAUGGUACAGGCUUCCAAGGAUUUAUUGGCGUCAUUGGACGUCGAGUUUUUACAGGGUUCCACGGACUUCACCAAAACAAUUGAUGACCAGCUGAAUCAGAUAAGAGCAGACCUGGUGAAACAUGAGGUCAGCAGACAAAAGCUUCUAGAUUCUUUACAACAUGACCAAGUUGUUCCUAGACAGGUGACUGUAAAAGAGACAGUGCAAGAACGUCAGGAUUUAGAAGCAGCAGUCGGUGGACCAGUGUCACCCCUGCGUGUUACAAAGCCGACGCUGAGAUUCACAGAGACAGACGACAGAAAGCUGAGAAUCACUGACAGCGGCUCAGUGGUAAAGGCUGAGGACUUGUCCGUGGGGAGUGGGAGAGCUGUGACAGACGGGCGUUACCAGACGGGCAGGUACUACUGGGAGAUACACAUCACCCGUUCACAUGACUGUGGCUGUUGUGUAGGAGUGACACAGGAGAGCUGUGAUGCAGAUGCUGGCCGUAACUCCUGGUACAUUGGGAUGGUGUACAGUGGUGAUGAGGUCAAGUGUUAUAGUCACCGUGGUGGUGGUGAGGUCAAACCUGGGUAUCUACAGUACACACGUUACACACGACCUCAUCACCUGGGUGUGUACCUGGACUGUGAUGACCACACACUGACAGUCCUGGACUGUGACAACAACCAGGUAAUGUGCACUGUCAGUGAUGUUAUCGUCACAGAGCCUCUGGUGCCAUGGGUUGUGUUUGGUGUCUGGUCUGGAUCUGGAUCUGUGUCUGCUCGUCUGGUAACGGGGGACUCUGCAACUCUGCCUCAAGUUCUCUGUGAUACGAUAAGCACUUCCUGA